GCAGCAGUUGCCACCUACGAAAGGUGACCAAUCACCUGCUAGCUUUCAGUUGCUCGGAGCAACGAAAAAUGGCAGAUGCAGUAGAAGCAGAACCCCCAGCACAAGUAUUUUUGUUGCCAUGUGCAGUAUGUGGACGAACAUUCCGUCCAGAAUCACUACAAAAACACUCAAAAGUUUGUGAACGCAAUGCCACAAAGAAACGAAAAAUUUUUGACUCUUCCAAGCAGCGUAUUCAGGGCACUGAAUUGGCAGAGUUCUUGCCAGCACUACACAUGCAGCAAGCUAAAAAAAUAGAAAAAUGCAGAACAGCAGCACGGCAGAAGUCACAAUGGAAGGAAAAGCAUCUUGAAUUUAUGCGUGCCAUACGCGCAGCGCGGCAAGUUGAGAAACCUCUUUCACCAAGAGCCAGCGCUGUACUUACAAGGCCGCCUGAAAGUGAAAGAUGUCCGCAUUGUGACAGACAAUUUGGUCCAAAAGCUUUCGAUCGACAUAUUGAGUGGUGUCGUGAGCAGAAGGCCCGUGUGCCAAAGUCACCAGCAAGUAUUAAGGCAAAGGAGAGACUAGAAGCAAGGCUAAAGUACCGAGCACCAGUAAUUCGCAGAAUAUCCAUCCGAGAAAAAUAUUCUCCACAGGCACAACGUAAAGUGUCUGAUACUUCAGUACAUAACUCUACAGAUGUAAUACAGUCUAAGAGUCAGGCUCCUAGCACAAUGCCAUCAAAUUCAGGUCAGCAGGAUACAUUAGUUCCAAGACAGAAAUCACCGUCCAAUAACACUCAGUGCAAUAGAAGUAAUAUUACCAGUACCAGAAGCAAAUCAAGUGCAAAGAAAAUAUCACAGCGAUCUGAGCCAGAUGUGAAGAAAUCUCCCAACACUGGUGUUAAAAGUGCCAUCAGUGAAAGAAAACAAAUUUCAUCACAGACAAACAAAACUAAAGCAAAGAAGGAGGAGAAAACAAUAAUUAAUAACCAACCUGGAAUUUCAAGAGGGAAAAGGCCAGCAACAUUAGAUAACAAGCCAGCAGAAAAUUCUAAAUCUGCUGCACAGCCAAAUAAGACUGAAAAUGAUAAUGCACAUUCCCACAGGAAACGUCCACCAAUGAUUAUAAAAGGACAGUUCCUGGAAAAAGCACCUAACUUCAUGUUGAUUAUAAAUGGUGCAUUCACUGAAGAAGUCUACAAUCCAUUUGUGUCUGCUGAACGCCAGAUGAUGGAACUUCUAGCAGAUGAUGGACCAGUGACUCCAAAAGUAACGUCGCGAGUAGAAGUUCAUUCAGCGCCACCUUAUCCUAAGCAAAAUCCUACUUCCUUGCCCACAAAUAAUGCUCGUGCAGGACUGCAUUCUGCACCUGUUGCUCAUAAAACAGUGGAAAGUAAUAAUUUUACACAUAAUAGCUCCUCUGGACCUUCUGAAAGUUCCCUCCUUAAUUCGAGUACAGAAGAUGUUAAUUCCUCAUUGACACCACCGAUGGGUACUGACUGUACAUAUGAUACAUUACAGUCACCACCUGUUUGGUCAGGUUCUCUUCAAGAACUAGAUGACAUGCUGAACCAUGGUAUUAUUCCAUACGAUAUUGCUGAAAGUUUAUAUGCUGGGUCUGAUGAAAGGGGGUCCUCUCUUAGUUUAUGCAGUUUGCAAUUCCUUGAUCAUAUGUCUAGUCAGGAAAGCAGUUCAACAAGAAAAAUUUCAAAAAUACGUGCAAAGAUGGAGGAAGCAUCUUUGCAGUUACAGAAAUCAGUGGCAUUACAUGACAGCUCUACAGAGUUAACAGAGAAACCUAAUGAUAGAUUUAAAGGAUUUUCUGAUAAUGAUAACCUGCCUUGUUCUUUUCCCCAAACAUCCUUCUUCCUUUCCAGACCUGAUCCCAACAUCAGCACUGACACUGUCUCAUUGUCUGGCUCAGACGGCCUUGUAUCAAGGAAAUUGUAUGGUGACCUAGACUGCGAGAGUGAAUCUGGUGAGAAGGAGAAAGCAGAUGAAGUUAUUCGCCAUAAUUCGCAAAUAAUGAAAAUGAAUCUUGAAGAUGAUAUAUAUUGCAAGGAGAAUGUAACCAGUAAGCAGUAUUCAGCUACUGGAAAACAUAGUGUUGACUCUGCAUACAGUAGUCUUAACCGUCAGUCACCCAAGCAGUAUGCACAAGAACAAGAGCAUUGCAAUGCCAUAAGUUCCAGUGGGUCAGAAUCUUCUUUACCAACACUAUGCAAGGAAGAGGUACCCAGGCCAGGUACUGGAGACACAGUCAUUCUGUCUCAUAAUCAUGAUCACAAAAAAGAACAUCAACAAGGAGCAGUAAUAUCCCACCUGCCCAAAUUUUGUCAUGAGUGUGGAGCUCAGUAUCCUGUGAGCGUAGCAAAGUUUUGCUGUGAAUGUGGUGUUCGAAGACUUUUAAUAUGAAUCAGUGCAUUCAGUAUUGUAUUAUGUAAGGUGCCUUAACCUUUGUGAUGAUUGUGCUGUAAAAAGCACUAAUUAACCAAAAUUGU